GAGUUAGUGAGGACCCUCCAGCUGUGCGGACGCCUCCAGAUGUGAUGCAGUGACGUCGAGGAAGGAAGGAGGAGGGAAUGUAACGAGGGCUGAGGAGACGGGCGAACAAGCUAAAGCUCCGUCGGAGCGCAAGGUUGAACUGGCAAAAGUGAGAACUACCUGCAGGCUGUGGCUACUUGACUAAAAAAUCUGUUCACAACCCAACGUUUCCUUCAUGUUCAGCCGUCUCCCGGUGAUAGUACUCCUGCUGCCGAACUCGCCUCAGAUAUAAGGGGAUUGAAGAGGCUCCUUUAUUUAUAUAUUUUUAUGAAUGAAUAGAAAGAUGUUGCAGCUGGGCAAGUUUUUUCUUCUUGUGUUGGUCGUCUUCAUCUCUUCCAUAACUGCGGAUUACUCCUCCCAUUGUGGAGAAAAUGAGUAUUUUAAUCAGACCCUUGGGGCUUGCCAUGCCUGUCCACAAUGUGGGUCAGGUGAAGAACCUAUUUCGAACUGUGGAUAUGGUGUUAAGGAUGAGUCGUAUGGCUGCCAUCCUUGCCAGAAUGGCAAAUUCUCGAAGGGUGUAUAUCAGAUCUGCAGAAGGCACAAAGAUUGUGAGGGCUUUUUUCGAGCUACUGUCUUGACACCAGGCACUGCAGAGACUGAUGCAGAAUGUGGGCCGUGUAUCCGAGGCUACUACAUACUGGAUAACAGGUCAAGAAACACCUACACAAAGGUUUGCCAUUCCUGUGCACUGGCACCUCCAAACACCAAGGAAUGCAUGGGAAUCAAUUUGUCUUCAAGCAUUUCAGGCAGUACCAUAGGCAUCAAAGCAAACUCUCCCAUUUUACAAGAAACGCACAAAGUAGAUCAGGUGGGACAGGGACACCUUGGAACUGCUUUAAUAAUUGCCAUGUCCACCAUAUUUAUAAUGGCCAUCACCAUCGUUUUAAUUGUUAUUUUCUACAUUUUGAAGACAAAGUCUUCUACCCAGGCUUGUUGCCGUGGCCAUUCGGUGAAAAACAUUGAAGCUCAGCUUGACAACCAAGAGGACAAGAAGGAAGUACAGGAAAAUAUUGUAAUAUUCUCUGAGAAAGAUGAAUUUGAUAAUAAACUGAAGGCAGUUCCACCUAAGACAGAGAAAAAUGAAAAUGAUGCUUCCUCAGAAAAUGAGCAACUUUUGAGUCGGAGUAUGGAUAGCGAUGAAGAGGCUGCAUUAGAUAAGCGGGGGAUGUCUGAUUUAUGCCUCCUGUCAUUGGUUCCUUUAACUAGAGAUAAAUCAACAAACAACAAAGCAACUGGGAUGCAGUCACGGAGGGAAAAGAUACUUGAAUUAUGCAAGAAAGUGUGCAGUUUCACAGAAGGACUCAGCCCUACAGAACUGCCAUUUGACUGCCUUGAGAAAACCAGCAGAAUGUUGAGUUCUACCUAUAGUACAGAUAAAGCUAUUGUAAAGACAUGGCGCCAUCUGGCAGAGAGCUUUGGACUGAAAAGGGAUGAAAUAGGUGGAAUGACAGAUGGAAUGCAACUCUUUGAUCGUAUAAGCACAGCAGGUUACAGCAUCCCCGAUCUGUUGACAAGACUUGUGCAUAUUGAAAGGAUGGAUGCUGUGGAAGCCUUGUGUGUGGAUGUUCUAGAGUAUACACAAGGUAGACCCAAUCACCAAUCCUGCUAUCUCACCCAAAUGUCCAAAUUUUGUAGACAGUGGCAUAAAUAACAUGAAAUAUUAUGUGUAAACCAAAAAUACAUCAUUUGUUACAUUCUACCAGGAGUCCUAGGACCAGCAAAACAAAAUUCUACACAAAGUUUUCUAUUUAAAUUUAAUUCUUAUUCAGGAGCCUGACUUAUGUUCUUGCUGAUGGUGUUCUCAUGAGACAUCUCAUUAGGGAAUUAAUUUUAGGUCAAAUGCAAUUUGAAAACAAUGCUGUAGAGUAUCAAAAAGUACAGAUUCAAUUGUUCUUUUUAUAGUGCACCAAAUGAAAGGAAAAUUAAGUGAAACCAUGAAAUGCCAAAAGAAGAAUGGAAAUGACACUUAGCUAAAUUGCUCCAAAAACAUCAUCUUCAAUGAUCUGUUAACCAUGACUUUCUUUCUAAUGAUAUUUCCCUGCCAGUAAAGCGGAAGCUGAUGCAAUGUUGGGAAAGGACUAAAUAAUAAGACUUGAUCCAGGACUUCCUGAUUAUAGCAAUAUGGUCAACUUGUGAAACAGCUGUUGGAAUCAUACUUAUUUAUUUACAUCUACCCUUCUGAAGUUUUCUAAAUUACUUUAAAAUUCAGUUUGUGUUAAUGAUUACCAAAAUAUUACAUUAAGUUUUCUUUAGCAUAAUAUUGACAAUGAAAAUCUCAAUUAAAAUGGCAUAAAUUCCAUCUCUGAUGUGAGAUUACUAAAUACAAUUUGCUAAGUGUUAUUACCCUUGUACAUGUAAAUAAAUUGUUACCUUACAUCACUGCGAGGAAAGCCCUUAGGAAUAUGCUGUUUAAUAAUACUUUGCAUUACCCUUUAUUAAAAUAUCUUAAAUAUUUAGCAGUACAUUGCUGUAAUACAAUUUUAUAUUUGUAUUGACCAAAUCCAACAAGCUGGCAUCAGGGUGAAAGCACUAACCUAUAAUGCAACUUUAUGAUAAACAUUUAAUAAUGUAGAUUUUCAUGCAGUAUCAACAUAUUAAGACCUUGUUUAAAAUCGUUAGAUCCACUAUUGUUAACUCUUGGUGGACCACACAGUCUGAAAUAUUAUGACACACCCCACUAACUGAACCGUUAGCAGAGAAAAUUUUAAUUAAAAAUGAGUAUGACAAACCCAUAAAUCUUGGUUAAUUUUAAAGCCAAAACAUUUAGACAAUUAUAAGGCUAUUUUUAAAAUAAAUAGAAGACUUAACUAAUCUAGUAUUAAAGAUAAAUAUAUAUAUAUUUAAGAACAUGAUGGCAAUUUCUAUUGUUUUUGUUUUGGUCAUUAAGAUUCAAUCAGAUAUUUUCCCCCUACUUAUCACCAAUUGCUUUUUGAAAUUGGAAAAAAAACACAAG